AUGCCGCAAAGAAAUAACGUCGGUUGGUUUGAUGUUGGCAUGCGAGACGAUGAGAGAGUGGCUGUUGGCGAAUAUAGUCGACUCAAGGAAAUAGCGAGCGAACUCGAAAAUCCUCAGAGUCAAUGUCCGAUGCUCUGUGCAUUUCUUGGAAGAAAAAAUAAGGACUAUGCCCUUCAACAGCUUUUCCCUCAGAAUAACAUUAAACGACAUGACUCUGAAGCAAAUAUAAAGCUGCGCUCGGAUAUAGUCUCUUCAAAUUCUGACUGGCCGGUUCUCUUUGCUGAUGGUGAUACCGGACAGGGGAAUCACCCCCCGACGUCUAAGAGACUACAGCCUGCCGCCCGCCCGGUUUGGUGGGAUUGUAAGUCGGGAAAAUCCCUGUUACUGGUAAUCUGGGCUCGUCUCGUUUUUCUGUUUACAGACGUUAUGUGUAUUUUUGUCGAAGACUUUUCGGGCCUGGAUGAGGUAGUAGAAUUCUUGGAGUGCUGUGUCCGACUACAAUCAGCAUCCGUUCUGCCUCACGAUAUCCGGCCACGAAUAAUUCUAGCUUUCCAGGCGACCACGGAACAGGUAUCGUGGGGCAGGCAGAAAGAAAUUUGUCAAAGGCUACAAGACACAGUACAGGGAAGCUUUGAUUCAACCUUCUCCGGUGUUCAUGCGGUUUGGUUGGCCGGUGGCUGGCUCUCUGAGACUGCCCGAUACGAGCCAUUGAGAAGUAUGGUCGCGGCACAACUAGACAGCAUGAGAAUUGUUCGGCAAAGACAUAAUAUCUUGCUCAGUGCCAACAAUUUGAUGGCUUUAUUUCAGACUGCACUUGACCACACUUUACAGGAUAUCGAGCGCCCAUUUGAGCUCAUUAGAGCUACCCGCAUAGGCCGCGAAGUGAGCCCGUGCCUGAUCCCCAACCUGACCCACUAUUUUAAAAUUGGGGCCCAGCCGGAGAAGCGGCUAAAAGACUUAGCGCCGUCUGUUGCGUCAGCGUUAUUUAUGGACCAUUAUACGCCUGAAAUGAUCGGGCUCGAUCCCCGUAUGGUGUUCUGGGCUCUCUAUCGGCCCGCAGUGAUCGAAGCGCUAACUGAAAGCAAAGACUCGUGGACAGAGUUCUGCCCAACAGCUUUCACGGCAAUGAUUGAGUAUCACAUGGAUCUACUCUUUACGCGUUUCUCUAGAGACAUAAUAUCAUCUAUAGAUUUACGGAAAGAGCAAUUGAUAUCCCAAAGUGGGCAGCUGUCCAGUAUCAAGAGCAACAAGAUUUGUUUAUAUUGUCUCUUUCAUUCUGCCCAACACGUGCUGGCAUGCGGUCAUACAGUAUGCGAUCGAUGUGUCCAGGUUUUUGGAACACCUAUGAAAGGGUUCGAGUAUCGCUUCGUUGUGAAAGGAUGUCUCUACUGCCUCUAUCAACGGCCGUUAAUCGCGGACAUCCUACCGCCAACGAUGAGCCCCUCUAUCCUUGCCAUCGACGGUGGGGGUGUGAGAGGGGUUAUUCCCUUGGAAUUUCUUUUCUUGAUUCAAGAAAAUUUAGGAGAUUGCCCAUUACAGGACCUCGUCGAUCUUGCCAUUGGUACAAGUUCAGGGGGUCUGAUAGUUCUUGGACUAUUUCUCAUGCGCUGGGAUGUUCCGCAUUGCGCUAAGACCUUUGACCAAUUGGCAAGCCGAAUUUUCCAACAAAGGCGCCAGUCAACCUUUCCUUGGCCCGCUAGGCAGUCGAUCUUGGGCAAUAUGACAAGGUGGAUACAGUGGCUGCUUCAUGAUAGCUGUUAUGAUUCACAAAUCUUCGACACAGCGCUCAAAGACGCUUUUGGUAAGGAUCGGCGUAUCUUCGGUGUUUCUCCCGAUGAUCCUGUUGGGUCUUUAUAUGCGGGGUCGAAAUUUGGGGUCGUGACUACAAGCAUUUCCAAAGACACAAGCACAUUUGUGAUUGGGAAUUUCAAUCGAUCUCAUAGAUCAUGUGAUGAUUAUGUGCGACCUCAGGACCUCGAACAUGAACCAAAAGCGUGGCAAGCCUAUUUUACCCCUAUAGAGCUUGGAAUCGGUACCUUUCAGGACGGUGGCCUGAAACAUAACUUCGCUGGUGAAAUCGCUAAACAAAUUUCCCAUCAGAUUUGGCCAUACUCUAAAGGGUCUACUCGAAUGCUAUCACUUGGCACUGGAGCUGCGGAGCCUGAAAGCAACCGUUCCACCCCGCAUUUCCGUCAUAUCUUUCGUGACGGAUUUAUGCGCCGGGGAUUCGAUGCGUGGAUGUCUUCUAUGGACACCGAAUGUGAUUGGCGAAAAAUGAAGAGCCGUAUAAACGAAGCAAACCGACCGGAUUAUCAUCGCUUGAAUGUAACGCUUGGGGGGUUGCCUAGCAACGUUGAUGCCGUGGAAUCAAUGGAUGAUUAUCGAGACCUUGUUCUGCUUCAGCCUGGAAGCGCUCGGAUGGCCCGGGAAGCGGCGAUCACCUUCCUAAUUUCUCGAUUUUACUUUGUUCUGAGUGGCGAAGUGGCAGAUAACUCCACCGCACUAACUUGGUGUCGCGGUACUAUACGGUGUAAAGGACCAGCUCGACGCGUGAUCAUGGCUCUCCAGCGGCUCCACCCAAAAGGCCUUAACUACACCUCGGAUUACGGAAUGGUUGGUAUUUUUGCCGGGCUUGAUGGACUAUGUUCAUCUUGUGGAUGCUACAGCCAUCCGAUUGCAUUCCUGGUACGUCAUGUUGACCAGGUAAUCAAUAUAUAUCUCCGCGCAGAUAACAAGAGGCAGUGGAAAAUCAACGGCUUUCCAGAGACUCUAUCAUCACUCAUCGUGAAGCAGGGCUUGAACUCAUCCUUCGGCCAAGCUGAUCAUGGAUACCCGAGCAGAGCACCCUGUAUAACUUGUGAUAUAGCAGAAGAUAGAGUUCGGCCCAAGACUCAAGAUAGGCGGCGCAAGCGCGAUUCGCAAGGUUCUCAGGACAAAAGACGGAAAAGGAUUUUUAACAGCAACACGUUCUACACCAUGGCCCCCAGUCGCUUUGAUCCGCACAGAAAAGACCGAGCGAGAUAUAAUAAGAGGACACAUACGCUGAUUUCCAAGGCGCAUGAGCUAGCGACGCUCUGCAACGCUGAUGUUUAUCUGAUCAUGAGCCAUCCUCGUGGCACAACAGUUUACAACUCAGCCGCAGACCCUAAUUGGCCUCCACCGGAUCGUGCUCUCGAGCUCCAAUUUCCGGAUCUGAAACGAGAAUCCCAAGCCAGUAUGACUGGUCCUGUUACCGACCCCGUUGUUGAAGAUUUGAAACGGCUCUGUGGGUACUUUGCCCUGCGGGAAAAGUUUCUGAACGAGGUAUCCACUGAGGAAUCCGUAAAAUCACCCAGGGUGAGCAAGAUAAUAGCGUGA